AUGUCCUCUGUCCAAUACGGCGUGAGACCACGCGGAAAGGGGGUUGGUUGGGAAACAGAGUAUUUUGAUGGCAGUGAUUGUGAACUGCUAGCCCAAUAUACUGAGGGAGGUUUAUGUCCAGUGCUGCUUGAUGAUACGCUACGUGGCGAAAACCUUCUCUGUAGGGGACAGCAUUGCUCCUUCACAGUGGUUGGCAAAUUGGGCAGAGGAUCUUAUGCUACAGUUUGGCUGGUCAAAGACAAUAACUCGCCGCGGUUUUUGGCCUUGAAAGUUUUGACGCGUGAUGCCAGCAAGCCAGACAAUGAUGAGAUGCGAGUGAUGAAAAAACUUGACAGGCUACUGGUAGCGUUCUUUUAUAUCUACAAACCUACACGCGAGAAAUUCCUUUGCCUUGGAAUGCAGCCACUUGGAUGUACUCUUUACCAAAGGGAAAAUGCGGAACUCCGGCCUCCAGUCGAUGCUGAUUCCAUCCUGAUUUUCGUUCGUACUCUUGUCCAAAAAGUGCUUUCAUAUCACGCCCAAGGCAUCAGACAUGGUGAUUUGAGUCCUUACAACGUCACUCUUGGACUACAUAAAAAUGCCUUGCUACCUGAAUUUUUACGUGCAGCUUUUGAAGAUGACCAGAAAAAUUUUGUGGUUCUUCGAGGUGCCCCAAAGUCAACACUCUUACCCCAGAUACCAGCUUACCUGCCGAUUUAUAUUGUUACCCACGAGGGUCAUUUGCUGACAGAUGGAAAUGAUAUGUCCUCCGUAGAAAUCAUUGACUUUGGGAAAGCGUUUGACGUACCCUCGAAGAAGGGUACCUUUGGUACCAAGUUAUACCAACCUUAUCGCAUAGCUAAAGAUCCAGAAGGGGUGGCAAAUGAAAAAACUGACCUUUGGGCCUUAGGCUGUGUGAUAGUUUUCGGCUUGACAGAUAAUCAUCUGUUCUGGCUACAUGACACUCAGAACAGCUAUGCAGACAUGAGUAGCAGUGAACAGCUCUCAGUUAUCGACGAAUAUUUGACAUACAAUGCGUUUUUGGGCGGUCAUGAGAACCUAAGGAUGGCCGUAGCAAAGCUUAUACACUCACUAAUUCAAGUUGAUCCAAAAAUGAGGGACGCGAAGAAGACCGCACAAUUACUUGCCCAGCUAGAUUCUCAUUUAUGA